AUAAAAGAGCUACAUUGAUCAAGAUUUGAGACAGACAUACAUGCCUAGCAGAGUUGGAAUCGAGACAAAAUAUUUUAUUAAAUUCUCAGUUUGAUUAAUAAACUCAUUUCAAGUCCGUUUCCUGUCUGUCACCAACAGAAGCAAGCAGCUACUAGCAUCCGUACAAACAUUGUUACUUAUUUUCUCACUCUCAUCACUCCACUCUAGUCACUCUCACUCUCUCUCACUCUUGAGAGCUCCGAGAGAGAAACACUCAGAGAUUCUUCUCUUCUCAGUCAAAAAAAAGAAAAAGAAAAGGGUUUUCAAAAUUCAAGUUCAAUCAGUAGUAGUGAAGCUGCUGGCGGAGUAAUCAUGGUCUCUCAUUUCUUCAUACUUGCUUUGUUCUUCUUCUCUGCAGCAGAACUCUGUAGAGCAAGCACAAUUGGAAUUUGCUAUGGGAGAAAUGCUGAUGAUCUUCCUACGCCAGAUAAAGUAGCCGAUCUGGUUAAAAAUCAAAACAUCAAGUAUCUUAGAAUUUAUGAUGCCAAUAUUCAGGUGCUCAGAGCUUUUGCAAACUCAGGAGUAGAACUCAUGAUUGGAAUUCCCAAUUCAGAUUUGCUUCCAUUCUCCCAGUUUCAGUCCAAUGCAGAUACCUGGCUAAAGAACCAAAUCUUACCUUACUACCCAGCUACAAAAAUCACUUACAUAACUGUGGGUGCCGAAGUAACCGAAAUGCCUGGCAAUAUAUCAGCCUUGGUUGUACCUGCAAUGAAAAAUGUUCAGGCAGCUUUAAAGAAAGCUGGACUUCACAGAAAGAUCAAAAUAUCAACUACCCAUUCGCUAGGAGUCUUAUCUCGAUCGUUCCCUCCCUCAGCUGGAGCUUUUAAUAGCAGCCAUGCCUUCUUCCUGAAACCCUUGUUGGAAUUUCUCGCAGAAAAUCAAUCCCCUUUCAUGAUCGACAUUUAUCCUUACUAUGCUUAUAGAGAUUCGACUACUAAUGUUUCUCUGGACUAUGCAUUGUUCGAGUCUUCCUCGGAAGUUAUUGAUCCAAAUACUGGUUUGAUCUACACAAACAUGCUUGAUGCACAGGUCGAUGCUCUCUACUUUGCACUAUCGGCUUUAAGUUUUCGGACCAUAAAAAUCAUGAUUACCGAGACAGGGUGGCCUUCAAAAGGAGCUGCUAAGGAAACAGCUGCUACUCCUGAUAAUGCUCAGACCUACAACACCAAUUUGAUUCGUCAUGUCAUCAAUAACACAGGAACUCCUGCAAAACCUGGACAAGAAAUGGAUGUGUAUAUCUUUUCUUUGUUUAACGAGAACAGAAAACCAGGAAUGGAAUCCGAGAGAAAUUGGGGAUUAUAUUAUCCUGAUCAGACUAGUAUUUAUACUCUAGAUUUGACUGGAAAAGGUCCGGUAGACACGGACGCUGGAGCAAAUGCAACGAGUACAAAUGGAACAUGGUGUAUAGCUUCGACAACAGCUUCAGAGUUAGACUUGCAGAGUGCUUUGGACUGGGCAUGUAGUUCUGGAAAUGUGGAUUGUUCGGCUAUUCAGCCUAGUCAACCUUGUUUUCAGCCAGACUCUACAAUCUCUCAUGCAUCCUUUGCAUUCAACAGUUAUUAUCAGCAGAAUGGAGCUAGUGAUAUUGCUUGCGGCUUUGGAGGUGCAGGGGUAAAAACUACCAAAAACCCAAGUUAUGAUAACUGCUUAUAUCUCACAGCUGGGAACAUGAAAGUGGGUGCUAACAACGUCACAGCUAUCAAGCCAACAUCAGCAUCAGCGGAGAGUGCUAUUUCUCUGCUGUUUUCUGGGGCAUCACUUGUCAUUUCUCUGUUACUCUUUUGAUAGUUGGUGUUACCUUAAAGGCUUAAAGUGAUGAUAUAUAAACAGACUCAAUUUUCCAGCUUUUGCUACUGUUUAGCCUACCCGACUAGGAGACUUAAGACGUGCCCCCAUAAUCUUGUAUGAGACUACUGAGCUAGUUCUAAAAUAACUACUAACAUUAUCUUUGAUUUCCUUUUCUUUUGUCACAAAUCUGAAGGGUUAAUGGGAUUAAGGAUUAGAGAGAAAUCAGUUAAUUUUCUUUCAUUCUGAAAUUUAGAGUUUAUUUAUAUAUUUUUUUGUUCUUGGGUUAGCAACUUAUUAUUUAGAAAAUUGUUUAAUCUAUUUAUCAAUGAUAUAUGUAAAAUUGUUACAGACCUA